CUUGUCAAGCUACGUCACCGUGUCGGCAGAAGAGGCGUUGGAUAGUUUCGCCUGGCUGUCGUUCCCAGAGGAAGACGAGGGUGUGAUCGAAAUUUACCUGUCCAGACUUACCUGGUGCUCUUAUUGUACAUGUCGGCCGUCGAAUUUCAUCUUCUGUAGGACAUUAAACACUGGCUUCACUUAGAAGUAAAACGGAGAAGGCGUUAAAGGAUGCUAAGAAGAUCUUGACUCGUGGCCCCGACAUGAGUGUGACAUCAUGGUUCCUGGUCAGCAGCUCUGGCACACGCCACCGGUUGCCCCGGGAGAUGAUCUUUGUUGGCAGGGAUGACUGCGAGCUAAUGCUGCAGUCUCGCAGUGUGGACAAGCAACACGCUGUGAUCAACCACGACCCAAACACUGACGAGCAUAUGGUGAAGGACCUGGGCAGCUUGAACGGGACAUUCGUGAAUGACCUAAGAAUUCCAGACCAGACGUACAUCACCCUUAAGCUCUCUGAUGUCAUUCGCUUUGGCUAUGAUGCUCAUGUAUAUAUCCUGGAGAAGAGCGAACACAAGGUCCCAGAGGAAGCUCUUAAACAUGAGAAGUACACCAGCCAGUGGCAGCUUAGCAUAAAAGCCCUGCAGGCCAAGGUGAAGGAAAAACAGCAGCUUCAGAGCCCAGAGAAGAGCAAAGGCCCCGUUUCCAAACUGCAGGACAGGGCUAAGCAAAGAGCCCAGUCUCUCACAGCUGCCACAGAUUCCCCAAUAUCCAAGCCUACUCCUCUCUACGGCCAACCGUCCUGGUGGGGGGAGGAUGAGGACACAGCCAACAAAAAGAAGAACGUAGGUGGAAAAUCGCCAGAACAGGAGUCUCCAGAGCCUGCUAAAGAUGUGUCAAGAUAUGAGGUCAACGGUUCUCUGUCUGACAAUCAGGCCAAGUCCAUCUUCUCCUACCGCCGGGAGCCUAGCUACUUUGAGAUCCCAACAAAGGAAUUAAAGCAGCGACUUCCCAAGAAACCAGAGUCGCAGGUUCACGAGGUUCCCACCAAGGAUACCCCUGAUCCCACUGAGGUUGUCUCCUCCACACCUCCCGUGGUCCAAAGCCAUGCCUCCUUCACCAUCGAAUUUGAUGAAUGCACCCCAGGUAAAAUGAAGAUCAAGGACCACGUGACCAAGUUUUCUUUCCGCCAGCAACAGAAGCUUCCUUCCACAGAGCUUGUCACCACACCCACUGAGGUGAUGUCAGCAGAAAGCAAAGUUGCUGAUUGGCUGGUCCAAAGCAAUGCUAGCAUGAUAAGGAGGAGGUCAAAGGCUGAGGACAUGUACAGCACAAACAGUGACCCAUCACUUCUGAAGAACACCAAAAAAAACCACCAUGAAGAUGGCACUCACAGUGAUUCAGGUGAUCCUGCCAUCAAUGGAAGUGAUUCCGUCCAGUCAGAACCUCAGAUUGGGUCCCAUGUGUCUCCACAGCCCCUGAGAGACUCCCCGCCACAACACUUACCCUCCCCUGACUCUGAGGAGCCCUUGUCUUACACUCCACCAGAGUCUCAGUCCCUAUCCAGUCUUGGCAAGGCUGAGCCUCACCAAGCCUUUGUCAUUGAAUUCUUUGAUGAUAACUCAAGAAAGAAGCGCUCCCAGUCCUUCACCAAUAACACAUCUCCACCUGAGCCCUCAGGCCUCCGGCUCCAGCUGGAGAAGGCGAAGAAGAGCUCAAGCCCAAAUGGGGAGAGACAUGUCCAAUCUCCAGCCUCCACCACUCCCGCAACCCAACGAUACACUGUUCCCCUGAAGGACCUGGCUUCCACAGGCUUCCAAAGAGCUGGCUCUCUACGAAGGGAGAAGACAGAGGACCGGAUCAGCACCAGCUUUUCCUCUCGCUCUUCAUCAUCUGUGUCUGUAAGGCCCUUUAGCAGCGUCGGCCGGAGGUCCAGACUCGCCCAGGAAUUUACUGCUGAAUUUCUCAAACAAACAAAGCAGUCCUCUUCUGCCAGCUGGGAUAAAAAUACAUCUAGUCCCCCUACAGCAGCUAAAACGGAGACAGUGGUAGUAUCCCAGACUAGUCCCCCUCCAUCUAAAGCUUCCUACCAGCCACAGACUUCCUCUCCUAUCCACCAGCCUGUUCCCCUCAAGGCCCCUUUGAUGCCCCUGGCUUCUCAGAAUGUGGAGGUCAAAAGUCCCUAUGUUGGCCUCAAAAAUGAAGAUGAGGACAGUCUGAGUGACGCAGGAACCUACACCAUUGAAGCAGAUGUUCAGGAUAGAGAGCUAGAAGAGGCACGGAGCAAUAUCGACCAGGUGUUUGGUGUUUUUGAGAGCCCAGAGCGAACCAACCAGAGUGAAGCAGAAACAUCAUCAGCAUUUAGGCCUCUUAGUGUUGAGAGCAGGGAGCAGCAUAGGCAGAGUAGCUGUGGGGAGGUGAGGCCAGCUCCAGAACAGGGACAGAGUCUGGUAAAGGUUCAGUCAGCAAGUGCAGUGUUACAGGGGGCUCCGAAGUGGAUGUCUUGCUGGGCCAGCUUGGCAGACAGCUACACAGAAUCUGGCCCUUCAUCUGGCCUCUUUGACAUGCCUUCCCAGAUGGAGCUGUCAGGAGGGGCACUAGGUACAAUCAUCCAUAAGGCCACGCUCAGCCGACACCACGACAGCACCGACCACGAUGGUUCAAGAGCUCGCCGCGUGCUGCCCCAGGUACCACUGGGGGAGAAGAGUGACAUUCCAAAUCCCAGCAUUCAUGUUCAAUAUGACCCACAUACAACAUUCGAUGUCGGAGAGAAUAGAUUGGUGGCCCCCAGGUCUCAGGAUAGCCUCGACAGGUUAUCAGUGCAGGACGAUGUAGAGCCUGACAGUCUGAGUGAUGCCAGCAGGUCAGAUGAUGGUUCCAUUAUAGAGCAAAGGAGAAGACCGCUGUCAGACACGGAAGAGAAAAAAAAUAAAGAUAGACUCUCCACCAAGUCUACGUCAUUCUACAUUGGGUCAAAGGAGGCCGAGUCCCAACCUGAACAUGGGGGCGUUCCUAAGACUGAAAUAAAACAUGCGACCAAAACUUUCUCAACAGCCACCCUCACCAAACCGAGAGGUAACCAGGACUCUGAAAAAGUCAAGCCCAGUGUGUCUGCUCCUAUCCUGAGCCAGAUUACACGGAGUCCAGAGUCCAAAGAGGGCACUGUUUCCCAAUUAAUCAGACAAGAGAGCUUCACCAAGGAGCGGCCUAGCAAUGCCAGAUUGCCCAACAUCUCGGUUCAGAGAGGCCCUGAAUCAUUCCAGGGAGCGUGCAAUCAGGACACUCAUUCUUACCUCAAAGAGACAGAGGAUGUUCUGGCUGUUCUGGAGGCCAAACUCCAAGCAGGACAAUCAGAAACGACACCGUCUCCAAUAAUAGAUUCUCUUUCUGCAGAGUCUGAUGUGGAUACCUCCAGCACAGUCAGCCAACAUAGCAAUAAGACCAGGCCAAACACGCUGACUAAAAAACCCUCGGUUAGUGGCCUUCAUAGGGAGAGGUCUUCAGCCAGUAUAGCUAGUCAGGACUCAAGUCACCAAUCCACUACAUCAGAAAAGUUGCGCUCUCUGGGAGCAGACGGCAACAAUAAGACUGAGUCUGUCAGGAGACCCGUUGGACUGAGACGUAGUGUUGGGAAACGUGGCUCCACAGACCUAAGUGAUGACCCUCAGAGCUUACCUUACUCUGAUCAAGAGUCUAACAUCCACCAAACCCGCACAAAAUACACCGUGCCCCUUCAGAAGGAGGAUGCCAAGACCUCCAAAGCGUCCCAGGCCUUGAAUCGUGCCCACAGCUUGUCAGCCCCGAGACCCACCAGAGCGUCCAUGCUCCGCCGGGCUCGCCUGGGAGAAGCUUCAGACAACGAGGGCACGGAGACAGACCGGGUGUCGCAGGAGGCAGGCAGUGCCCCAGCUAAGCAGCCCCAGGAAACCAAGAAACUCUCCAGGCUGGAUCUGCUAGCGAUGCCUCGUAAGCGGACAAGCUCGUUCAACACACCCAGCGACACCGAGGCCUCUUCCACCCCACAGUGGACUGGCAGGAGCACAGGAUUCUCCAACCGCAGCACCGAGUCUGGCAGCAGCUCAGUUCGAAGGGCCUCUGCUUCGGGGUCGAAGCCUGUAGAAAGGCAGCAGAAAGCACCGCUGACACCAGUCACUCGCGGACGUUCAAGCAGUGCCAAAUAUGCCAGCAGCACUGCAAACUCCAGGAGACGACAGAAAGGCUCUGACUACGCCUCUACCUCAGAUGAGGAGUACGACUCAAACCAGAGCACUCCUAAACACAAACGCUCCCAACCUUCCUCAGCUUCCCAUAGCCCACGUCAUCAGCCUCGGCCUCAGCCAGUAGUCGCCCUGCGUCCCAAGCCCCUCAGCAGAGAUUCGGAGGAGGAGAACCAUGAGGGAGACAACUUCCACAGUUGGUCCAACCACAGUUCUGAGAUCGCACGGUUAAGUCAAGACCUGGCCAAAGACCUUGCUAUCUUGGCCAGAGAGAUCCAUGACGUGGCAGGUGAUGGUGAUCCACAAAACCCUGGAGUGGCGAGCAGUGCACCUGUCUCCACGGUGACCGCUCAUGAACAGCUGGUUCACCGUAUUCCAGAGGCUGGAUUAAACUACCAGAGAGUCCCACCAAGUUCUACAUCUACAAGGGAACCCGACCAGAGCUCUGCUGACCAUGAACCGCACCGCAGGCAGCGAGCUCAGAGCAGAGACGAGGUCAUUGUCGAUGACCAUCUGAUGCUGAAUCCAGUGUCUCAGAUCACCUUGGCCAUUAGAGAAAACACUGAGCAACUUGCUGACAAAAUUAAGGUACUAUUCCAGGACAGGAUGGAUAUUUGGGAAGAAAUUGAGGCCAAAGUAAACUCUGACAAUGAUGUCCCUGUUAUCAAAACCUCCAACAAGGAAAUCGCAUCUAUCUUGAAAGAACUCCGGAGAGUUCAACGACAACUUGAGGUCAUAAACACAGUCAUGGAACCCAGUGCACAGUCUGAAGCAUCCAAGGCCUCUGCGGUCUCCUCCUCGUCUGUUCGGCCCUCCAGACCUCCCAUCUCACGGGACUGGAGAACCAUCCAUUCUGUCUCCAAGCGUGGCGGCGGCCCGAGGCCCAGUGAGAGUGUCAGGAGCGUAGGUGCGACACAAGAUGAUCUCAGAACGGGAUAUUUAGUCUGAGAUGUGACGCAAGCACGCAGGUUCCAAAAGUGCUAAACAUCUGCUGUUACUCCACAAACCCAGGUGUCAAACCAUUGCGCACACAAUGAAACCAAGGGGGGGGAAGUGAGACUGUAUAUGCAGAACUGUAGCCUCCCGUACAUCCAAACAUACACACUACUGCACUAUGAGCACUACACACUUAUGUAAUUUACAGUGAGUGGGCGGCCUACAUGUAAGAUAAAGAUUUGAGGAAGUACCAAAAUACUUCAAUAAACCUCACCUCUGACAGGCCUCAAAACUAUACUUGAUUCUCUGUGUUUUGGAGGUCGACCUUUUUAUAUGCCAAUGAUAUGACCAACAUUGCUGAUUUUAAAAGCUUAUUGUAUGUACUUGGUUUAUUUGAAAACCGGCCUGAGCAUAAUCAUCUCAGGGAAAUCUACUAAUAUAUGAGAUUCCUAUGUUUAGCAGCAAAUGGCAUUUUUGCGUAAAUAUUCGUUUAUUGAUAUUUGUUUCGGGUAGAACGAACUGCAGCAACACGAGCAGAUCUUAGUGUACUUGUAUCCUCAGUAAACCCAUUGCUUUUCCUCGUAUAUGUCAUUCCAUGUUUUUGUCUUUGUUUGCCACUUCUCUCUUGGUGGACCAGAUUUAUCGAAGAAUGUAAAAAGUAUUUAUUAGUGGUGUUUUGUGAGACACUGUAACGGAGACAACACAACUUUGGGAGAGUUAAUAGACUCAGUGCCAGACAAGUUAAUGUUCUAUUACACAGUUGCUACCAGCCAAUUUCUUGAGUAUUUAUUCUGUUAACAUGUCCCAGUGUAGCGACUCUGUCCAGGCCCUCCUCAGUAGAUGGCCUCUAUAUUCUGUCCAGCCGGAGAUGAAAAUCCCUCUGGAAUGUGUGGUCCGACUGGUAGGAGGGACUCAGUUUAGUCACCUGGCAACCACAAACUCAAGUGGCUAUAAAGAGAGUGAUUUUCAAGCAUUCCCUCUACCUUCUUUAUUUGUGUCAAACACUAUUUUUUUUGUUGUUCUCCAUACCUCAAAAGCACAGUCUGCUUCGAGGUUUGGCCAAAGACAAUCAUAAAGCGACUGACAGGAAUGAAUCUCCUUUAUCUGUGUUUGUACUGGGAUCCUCACACCUCACCUAAACCUCCACAUGCUCAUGAGCUAUCAGAGCUCCUUUCCUCUCAAGUCACAAGGUCACUUCUGAUGGUCCUCACAUGACAGGAGAAGUAAUGUCAUUUUAGAAUUCAAGUUGACAAAGUCAAUUGUGUGAAACUGUAAAUCUGAUGAUUAGCUUGUGACCUGUUGUUCAGUGUGUAAAUAGUAGAAAAAUGAUACCUGUGCAUUGUACAAAUUACCUCUUAAUCUUGUCUUUUGCACUAAUGUAGUACAUUAUCCCCUUAACCUAAUAUGCUGCAAACUGAAAGCAGUUACCUUCCAGCGACUGAUUGUAAACAUUUGAUGCUGUUGAAGCAGGAAAAGAAGGCGACCCAGUACAACAGCAAGUUUCUGUUUCCCUCUUCCCAGUCCAGAUAGUACAUGUGAUUGUAAUUGGGAAGUACCUUAAGUGCCACAGAGCUGUGUGGGACAGUGGUUGUUUACAAACUCAAGCAAAAACUGAAUGUUAGUCCUAUUGACAUCACUUGCUGCUAUGCUUAUUCUAUUGGAUAGUAUUUCUUCUUUGCUUUACUCCAUCUAAGUCAAAGCUACAGCAGGUUUAAGAGCUGAAAUGUAAUUCUUGUUUGUCAAAUUUGUGUCCCUUUUUUUUAUAUUCAAUUUAUGUUUUCCUUCCUUUCACCCAGAAUGAUUUGGUUGUGAUCUUGCUGUCUAGAUGGUAUUUAUGUUUGGUUUGUGUAAUUUGUUAGAUAUUGAUUGCAGAUUUUUCAAAUAAAUUUGAUUAGUAAAGUUG